AUGCCUAUUCCCCCACUCAAAUUCAUUUCACUUUUAAAUACCAAUUAAUAUUACUUACACUUACUUCCCCUUUACAAAUAGAUAAUCCAAAAGCAGAGCAAAAACAGAGAUAACCAUUCUUUUUCUUUUGUUGUUGUUGUCGUCGUCAUGGCUUCUCUUCCUUUCAUCUUCUUCUUAUCUUUCUUUAUAAUCUCCACAACAUUGACGUCAGCCGGCGCCGCCGCCGCCACCAUCAAACUCUCCCUCUCUCCCUUCCCUCACCCUUCUUCCUCCCAUCCUUACCAAAUUCUCAACAACUUAGUCACUUCUUCUGUUGCAAGAGCCCACCACCUCAAACACCCCAAAGCCAAGGCCGAUAAUACUACCUCUUCUCUUCUCAGGGCUUCCCUAUUUCCUCACAGUUAUGGGGGCUACACUAUCUCCCUCAAAUUUGGAACUCCGCCUCAAACCCUUCCUUUCAUUAUGGACACUGGGAGCAGCCUCUCCUGGUUCCCUUGCACCUCUCGUUACCUUUGUUCCCAAUGCGCUUUCCCCAAUGUUGACCCUGCAAAAAUCCCCACUUUUGCCCCUAAACGUUCAUCUUCCAAGAAGCUCGUAGGUUGCAGAAACCCCAAGUGUAGUUGGCUUUUUGGCCCCGACGUUGCGUCUCGUUGCCAAGACUGUGAACCCACUUCCGAAAACUGCACUCAAACUUGCCCUCCUUACCUAAUUCAAUACGGUUUAGGUUCCACUGCUGGGCUUCUAUUAGUAGAAAACCUUGUUUUCCCCCAGAAAACCUUCCAAGAUUUCCUUGUCGGAUGCUCCAUCCUCUCCAACCGACAGCCCGCUGGAAUAGCCGGGUUCGGUCGGAGCGCUGAGUCUUUACCCUCCCAAUUAGGCCUCAAGAAAUUCUCUUACUGUCUCGUUUCUCGCCGGUUCGAUGACACCGGCGUCAGCAGCAACAUGUUGUUGGAAACAGGGUCGGGUUCCGGUGAUGCCAAGACCCCAGGCCUUAGCUACACACCGUUUUACAGGAACCAAGUGGCUUCAAACCCAAAUUUCAAAGAGUUCUACUACGUAACUCUACGUAAAAUUCUGGUGGGAGAUAAGCACGUCAAAGUUCCGUACAGUUAUUUGGUCCCAGGAUCAGACGGUAACGGUGGCACCAUCGUGGACUCGGGAUCAACGUUCACUUUCAUGGAUAGACCAGUGUUCGAGGUAGUCUCGAAAGAGUUCGAGAAACAAAUGGGAAAUUAUAGAAGAGCGCGUGAAAUAGAAAACAUAUCGGGUUUAGCCCCAUGCUUCAACAUUUCGGGCUAUACUUCAAUAAAAUUCCCCGAAUUGAGUUUCCAGUUCAAAGGAGGAGCCAAAAUGGCAUUGCCUUUGGUUAAUUAUUUCUCAUUUGUCGGUGAUGAUAAGGUUGCGUGUUUGAUGAUCGUUUCAGACAAUGUGGUCGGCCAAGGCUCACACGGCGGUCCUGCAAUAAUACUAGGGAGCUUUCAGCAGCAGAAUUAUUACAUCGAAUUUGAUAUGGCAAACAAUAGGUUUGGAUGGGCUGAACGAAGGUGUGCGUGAGCUGCACUUUGUUAUUUUGUGUUUUGGCCUUGAAUAUGAAAGUCUAUCUUUUUCUUUUGCUUCUAUUUUUAAUGGAAUGGUGACAAAAGGGUUAUUAGCUUCUUC